AAGUUGAAUUCGCUCAGCUCUUUUUCCAUCAGAAACAAGCACUGAACUCAAAUAGCCGGAGUUGCUCGUUGCCGCCGGCGAUCACAUCUCUCACGGCCACGCUUCCUCUCUCACUCACUCAAGUUUUCUCUCCUUCAAUCUCAUCCUUCAUUUUCGUUUUCUUCUUUCUAAUCAAUCAUGUUUUUGGCGAGAGCAUUUCGACAAACAUUCUUUGCUGCUGCUGCUGCCAGAUCAAAACAUUAUUCCACUACAGCUGGUGCUGUUAGAAACCCUCUUCCGGAGUUCUUUGAGGCAGACAGAGAUAAUGAGACACCAGUUGUCUAUGGUCGGAGUUGGAAGGCUUCUGAAUUGCGUCUGAAAUCUUGGGAUGACCUUCAUAAGUUGUGGUAUGUGUUGUUAAAGGAAAAGAAUAUGUUGAUGACUCAACGACAAAUGCUUCAAGCUCAGAACUUGCGCUUUCCAAACCCAGAGCGCUUACCUAAGGUGAGAAAGUCAAUGUGCCGCAUCAAGCAUGUGCUUACUGAGAGAGCAAUUGAAGAACCAGAUGCCAGGAGGUCUGCCGAGAUGAAGAAAAUGAUAAAUGGUCUUUGAUGACUUAAAAGGAUAUGUUAUGUUUCAUUGCAUUUUUUUGUAUGCUGUAAGAAUACGACAUCUACUUUCAUGGAUGUUAGAAGAUUGCUGACCAAGCCAGUGUUAAAAAACGUGAUUUAUUUAAACUUUUGUAUGUUUAGAAUUAUUACUUUGUUUUGUUUGCCCUUCGAGUCUAUCUCAGCAGAAAUGUAAUCAAGAAGUUUUGGUUCCCAGCCAACAACAAUAAUGUUUUUACUACUAACAUAA